AUGGCUCAAAUGAAGUUGCAUAAAGAAAGAAUGACAAGAAAGGCUAAAGCAAAAGCUUGCUUGUUUGCUGCAAUUUCACCAUCAAUUUUCAUCAAAAUCGUGAAAAUUGAUUCAACUGCAGAAAUUUGGGAGUAUCUCAAGAAGGAAUACAAAGGAGAUGAAAGAAUCAAGAACAUGCAGGUGAUGAACUUGAUUCGAGAAUUUGAAAUGAAGAAAAUGAGGGAGUCUGAUGCUAUUAAAGACUAUGCUGCACAACUUCUUUCAAUAGUAGACAAAGUUAGGCUGCUUGGAAAAGAAUUUUCCAAUGAAAAGAUUGUUCAAAAGAUAUUGGUUACACUUCCUGAGAAAUAUGAAGCUACAAUUUCCUCUUUGGAGAAUUCAAAGGAUCUAUCAACUAUUAGCUUGACAGAAUUAUUAAAUUCCUUGGAGGCUGUUGAACAAAGAAGACUCAUGAGACAAGGAGAUAUUGUAGAAGGAGCAUUUCAAGCAAGAAUGUAG